UUUCAGUAUUGCGCAAAAUGCAAUGGACAUAAAUUUCUUCAUCCUUUCUUUAUUAUACAUAGAGUUUGCGGGAUUUUUCACUUUUCUUCUUUAAAUCCUCAAUUAUUGUGUGCCUUUAUAUACCUCUAGCUUCUCCGAAUGAAGCAGCAGAUAUAUUUGGAGUUACUUUCUGCAGUUGGUUUUGAAUCUUCUCUUUACGAUUCGAUUCAAAUAUGGCUUUGUCUUCUUUUCUUAACUCUCAAUUCUCGUUCAAGUUUUAGGUCUACUUCUUGUAGAUUGAUCGCUCUAGAUUGGGCUCCAAAACCUCAUGUAACUUCCAAAUUAGACCAAAAUGCGCCAUUUCUGUUAAAAGCAUUAACUCCGAAAAGUUUGGAAAACAAGUUGCGGGAAUAGGCAUGAAGCAAGGCAUCGGAUGGAGUUUUGUAGCAGGAUCAAGAACCAUCAGUAGACCAUGUCUUGGAGGAAAUGUUCUGUGUAGAAAACGUUCGGCAGUAUAUGCUUCAUGGUUGCCAAGCGCUCAAAUUGCUAGUAGUGCUUUUACAUUGGGAACAGCUGCUGUUCUUCCAUUUUAUACUUUCAUGGUUGUAGCGCCAAGAGCUGAGUUUACGAAAAAACUGAUGGAAAAUGGCAUACCAUAUGUUAUUCUUGGAAUAUUAUAUGCUUAUCUACUCUAUCUAUCCUGGACACCUGAUACAAUUCGGCUGAUGUUUGCGAGUAAAUACUGGCUACCAGAGCUGCCUGGUAUAGCUAAGAUGUUCUCCAGUGAGAUGACAUUGGCUUCUGCAUGGAUUCACUUGUUGGCUGUAGAUCUAUUCGCUGCAAGACAGGUUUAUUACGAUGGACUUGAGAGCAAUUUGGAGACUCGGCAUUCAGUUUCUCUGUGUCUUCUGUUUUGUCCCAUUGGGAUUGUUAGUCAUAUCAUCACCAAAGCUCUAACUAAACAGGCAGAUUGAACAGAGAGGACUCAGUGAAGAAGAAACAGUUAACAUUGUGUAAUACUCAAAAGAGUUCAUAUUUUUCAUUUAGUAUAAUUGCAUAACUAUGAGAAAAUGUUAGUUCCUUACUGAAUCAUUUUUCAGAGAUGAACAUACACAAUAGUUUUCUUGAGUUCUGCACAACAAUAUGUAAGAAAAGGUUAAGAUAUAUGGAAAAGAUUAUAUACAUCUUUCUCCAAAUAAAAUUCCACACAAUAAAAUAUACAGUAUUUCAA